CUCCUUGCUCGCAGCCGCGCCGGGCAGCUCGUGGCGCGGCGCCUCCGCUCCGGCCCGAGAUGAAUGCUGCGGCAGAAGCCGAGUUCAACAUCCUGCUGGCCACCGACUCGUACAAGGUUACUCACUAUAAACAAUACCCACCCAACACAAGCAAAGUUUAUUCCUACUUUGAAUGCCGUGAAAAGAAGACAGAAAACUCCAAAGUAAGGAAGGUGAAAUACGAGGAAACAGUAUUUUAUGGGUUGCAGUACAUUCUUAAUAAGUACUUAAAAGGUAAAGUAGUAACCAAAGAGAAAAUCCAGGAAGCCAAAGAAGUGUACAAAGAACAUUUCCAAGACGAUGUCUUUAAUGAAAGGGGAUGGAACUACAUUCUUGAGAAAUACGAUGGUCAUCUCCCAAUUGAAGUAAAGGCUGUUCCUGAGGGCUCUGUCAUUCCCAGAGGGAAUGUGCUGUUCACAGUGGAGAACACAGACCCCGAGUGCUACUGGCUUACCAACUGGAUUGAGACUAUUCUUGUUCAAUCCUGGUAUCCAAUUACAGUGGCCACAAAUUCGAGAGAGCAGAAGAAAAUAUUGGCCAAAUACUUGUUAGAAACUUCUGGUAAUUUAGAUGGUCUGGAAUACAAGUUAUAUGAUUUUGGUUACAGAGGAGUCUCUUCACAAGAGACUGCUGGCAUAGGAGCUUCCGCUCAUUUGGUUAACUUCAAAGGAACAGACACAGUGGCGGGAAUCGCUCUAAUUAAAAAGUACUACGGAACAAAAGAUCCUGUUCCAGGCUAUUCUGUUCCAGCGGCAGAGCACAGUACCAUAACAGCUUGGGGGAAAGACCAUGAGAAAGAUGCUUUUGAACACAUAGUAACACAGUUCUCAUCAGUGCCUGUAUCUGUGGUCAGUGACAGCUAUGACAUUUAUAAUGCUUGUGAGAAAAUAUGGGGUGAAGACCUAAGACAUUUAAUAGUAUCAAGAAGUACAGAGGCACCACUAAUCAUCAGACCCGAUUCUGGAAAUCCGCUUGACACCGUAUUAAAGGUCUUAGAUAUUUUAGGCAAGAAGUUUCCUGUCACUGAGAACUCAAAGGGCUACAAGUUGUUACCACCAUAUCUGAGAGUCAUUCAGGGAGACGGAGUGGAUAUCAACACUUUACAGGAGAUUGUAGAGGGAAUGAAACAAAAAAAGUGGAGCAUCGAGAAUGUCUCCUUUGGCUCUGGCAGAGCCCUGCUGCAGAAGCUAACAAGAGACCUCUUGAACUGCUCCUUCAAGUGCAGCUAUGUGGUGACCAAUGGCCUUGGGGUUAAUGUCUUUAAGGACCCAGUUGCUGAUCCCAACAAAAGGUCAAAAAAGGGCCGGUUAUCUUUACAUAGGACACCAGCGGGGAACUUCGUUACACUUGAAGAAGGAAAAGGAGACCUUGAGGAAUAUGGCCACGAUCUUCUCCAUACGGUUUUUCAAGAACGGGAAGGUGACAAAAAGCUAUUCCUUUGAUGAAGUCAGAAAAAAUGCACAGCUGAGCAUGGAGCAGGACGUGGCACCUCACUAGGCCUGGUUGUUUGUGCAGUGUGUACAUACGUGCACUGUGUGUGCUUGUGUGUAUGGAGUAACAUGUUCGUUGUACAGAUGUGUGGGUUUGUAUUUAUGAUGCAUUACAGCCAGAUUAUUUGUUGGUUUAUGGACAUACUGCCCUUUUUAUUUUCUUUUCCCCAAUGUUUAGAUGAUCUCAACUUAGGAAAUACUUAUAACCAUGUACAAGAUUAAUGCUAAAGUAAGCUUUUUAGGGCCCUUUGCUAAUAGAUAGUAACUCGAUCUGCUGUUGACCUUUUCACAAAUCACAGAAUCAAGAAACUUUUAUAUAUAACUACAGAUCACAUAAAACAGAUUUGCAUAAAAUUACCAUGACUGCUUUAUGUUUAUAUUUAACUUGCAUUUUUGUACAAAUGAGAUUGUGUAAGAUAUAUUUAAAGUUUCAGUGAUUUAACAGUCUGUUUCCAACUUUUCAUGAUUUUUAUGAGCACAGACUUUCAAGAAAAUACUUGAAAAUAAAUUACAUUGCCUUUUGUCCAUUAA